UUCAACUGCUUUUUACAGGGCGGACUGGUUAAAAAGACUCAUCCCGCGAAGCCGAAAAGGCAUCUUUUUCAAACGUUUCACCUCCUUUCCUUUGAUUGGUGUAAGGUGACAUAAACCACAAACCGCAUUCUAGCAGCCCUAAAAAAAGAAUCUCUAGCGAAGCUGUCAACUCAACCUAAAGAAAGCGAUCCGCUAGUCUAAUCUAUUCUCUGCUUUUCGAACAAUGAUUUUAUAUACAACGGGGUCUUCUGCUGACCCAGAAGCUCUUUCCGAACUAAUAAUAAAGGAAUAGAAACUAUCGGAGUCUGACCUGACCCAGAGAUCUAAGGAGUUUAUUAAAGAGAAUUUGCACAUACGAAAAACGACUACCUGAGAUGGCUGUAAUUGAGUAAAAAAGGCCGGGGAAGUGCUAGAAGAUGUACAUAGGGAUUUUGGUGACGAAAGCAUCGAACGGCGACAGGAAAUAGAGAGACUAAAUGGCAAACAGGAGUCCGGAGGAUUAUCUGAGGUGGAAGCAGCUUCCAUUCCCUCUGGCUCCAUAUUCUUCUUUUAGGCCUACCUCUUCGUUUUUUCUUAGGCUUUGUAGCUUUAGGCGGGGCUUUUUCACCGUGCGCAGCCAUAUAUAGGUUUAAUGGUCUCACAAUCCCUAAGAGCAUGCAUUAUAGUAGUCUCAGCUUUCUUGCAUCUUGGACAGGUGCUAACAUCUUUCAUAUGCCUUCGUUUCCGCUGCUCAUUUGUUAUUUGUUAUCUAUUAUGCUAUUAUGCAACACAAGCCAAAGGAGCUUUUAAGCGAGGCCCUUGCCAUUUCCAAACAAUCUCCCACUCCCUGCUACGUUGGUCCCAAUUUUCCCCUUCAAUGAGCUCAUAAGCUGUGCAACUAGAGAAUGUUCCAUUCUUUGAUGGUCCCCUUCGAUCACCAUUACCUCUUUGAUUCGGCGGCUUAAUGCCCGCUUUUUUAAGACACGAUGCCGCUGGUAAGAGAUGCUGAAAUUUAUCCCACUUCCAACACCCAUUCUCAUCAAAAAAAAGAAGCCAUGCAUCUUGACAAGUCCUCUUGAGGAACUGCAGCUAUAGCUUUAUCAAGGUUUUUUAUUCCUCAUCCACCAUGAAUCCUUCAAUAAAUUUGGAAUCCGCCCAUUGCCAAUUACCCACUGAAUCCCUUUAAGAUUUAAGAAUAGAAUCCCACACCUUGAAAAUUCCUUUGGCCACGGGUUGAGGAAGACCAACCCAAUCUCGAAUGUAUUUACUACGUAACACCUUCACCCAUAGCGCAUUAGGAAGAGUCAAUAUUCCCCACCCGAGCUUCAUAACAUAAGAAAAGCUGAAUUCCAUCCAUCCUCACCUUUAUACAUGAAUUUGGAUGUCAAUAAUUUCCUCCUCGGGUCUCUAUAAAACAGAAUGAAAAGCCCGGGUUACAGGACAAAAGGAGAGAGGAAAAGUAGAAAGGGGGGAAGAAGUGACGUGCUAGUUCUUACUGACACUUCUUGAUCUAACUUUCAUUUUUGAGUGCUUUCUUUGUUCUCUUAUUUAUUUGGAUUGAAUUCAACUCAACUCCCAUUGUUCUAUGUCUUGGCAUUCCUUUCUUUCUCUUCUUUUUAUCCCUUCGACGAAUUUCGGCUAUGACCAAUGCCCCACUAGCUGAAUAGGCGUAAGAAAGCUACCUGAAAAAAGGCAAGGUGCACCUUGGAUUGAACUCGACGAAUUGCAUUUUGCCAGAGAUAUUUUUUGAGUUAGAAAGAUUCUCUAUUGGAAAUUCAAAAUAAAGAAAAUAAAAGCGCAUACGCGGGAAGGGGGCCCCAAUACUUUUUCAUUCAGGGGGGGAGGGGGAGACUAGCCUCAUUACUUCCCACUGGGCGAGAGGUGCACCUAACCCACCUACCCACUCAUCAAUCACGGUGUUCAGCUGACUUGCACUGAUAGACCCCUAUUGUAUUGGAAUUAGGCGCCCAUCUUUUGACUGUUGUCAAUUCAUUUCUUCAAUGUUCGAUUCUACUCUAUGUUAGAACAAUGGUAUUUUGAUCUAAGUGGUCUUAUUCUUUCUCCCGUGCUAGGAAGCAUUACUCCUCUUUUCAUUCCAAAUUCAAGAAUACGACCGAUACGAUUGAUUGGUCUGUGCGCCUCUCUUAUUACUUUUUUGUAUCCCCCUGUUCUUCGGAUACAAUUCGAUCCUUCUACGGCCAAAUCUCAAUUUGUGGAAAGCCUUCGAUGGCUUCCUUAUGAAAACAUCAAUUUGGAUUUGGGUAUAGACGGUAUCUCUUUAUUCUGCGUGAUAUUGACCACAUUUCUGAUCCCUAUUUGCAUUUUAGUGGGUUGGUCUGGUAUGAGAAGUUAUGGGAAAGAGUAUAUUACAGCAUCUCUAAUUCGUGAAUUUCUAAUGAUCGCCGUGUUCUGCAUGCUGGAUCCUCUACUAUUCUAUGUUCUUCCCGAAAGUGUGCCAAUCCCUAUGUUGUGCGGAGCUGAGCAUCCUCUAUUCGCUGGGAUAAAGCUUUUCCUCUGCAGGGGCCUUGUGCAGUAAACCCCCUACGGGCGGUCGUCCGUCGUCGUAAAGUAGUCCCCGCGAAGCUUUCGGGAAGAGGGGUAGUCUUGUGUGUAAGCAUAGCAUUUCUGGUCGAACCCGCCCAACCCAACUAAGAAGAACCGAACCUGACAGACACAUCUUUUUCCUUUUGGGAGGGUACGUAGAGUAGUGGGUACCUCGUAGGACCUCGACCCGCCUACUCGGGUCUUGUAUGGAUAUGCAGGAAGGGGUGCUCCUAGGUGUGUGUAGGGGUUGUGUUUGUUCGCGAGAAUGGAUUCCUCUAAAUGGGGGGUGUGGACACACUUGCGCGAAUUCGGGUAACGGCUACAAGGGAGAAAUCGAAAGGAAACUGUACCCGACCGGGGAUGGACGUAAACUCGUAAGCUGCCGAGGGUAGGGAUAAUCGUCCAGGUCUUAUUGUGAAAGAAAAAAGCCGCCCCGCCACAGCAGGCGGGUUGCUUCCUCUGUCGUCGCCGGCGAGCUCUUGGUGAGGAGACCUUAGGAGUUGUUGCUAAAACAAACGGGGGAGGGGAGGAUCGACCCGUUCAGUAGAAUUCCGAAGAAAGCAGAUGUUGGCAGCAGGUGGAGACAUUUUUUUGGCCCCUUCAAAAGGAAAUGCGGGCAGGGUAGAGCUCGGCAGAGGGUUCGAGAAUAGGGUAGGGUCCUGUCCUUAAGAUUCAGAUAAGAAAAGAGUUCCAAACCUUUAUGCAUGCACCUCCGUACAAGUUCCGUCCAGAAUGAUUGGGAAAGAUCAAACCAAUUGGAACCGCUCACAUCACAGUAGUCGUAGCGUAAAGGCCGUAAGUCGAGGGGCAGCCAUAACAGUUGGCUAUUCCUUUCACACCUCUCUAUCUAUAGUACGAGAGAGAUCCGCUGCGUGAGCAACCUUAUCUAUACUAGAAGGCCUUACAUGUGCUCUACAGGCCGCACGGAAUCUUUCUUCCCAACGAGCACUUUUUGCUUUUGAUUUGGAAGACGGGCGUUGCGUUCGGUUCGAAAGGCAUGGUUUUCAGUAUGUCGGAAAAUAGGGCCCCACUAGUCCGGCUAGCUAGUGAGCGGUUCUUUCGGGCGGGCAUCUACUGCAACGCAAGCACCAUUGUUCGCCACCACCCGAGAAGCAAAAGAUGCGAGAGUCCAGGCGGAAAAUACGUGCAUAGAUAGUGGUCUAAUGCCAAGGCCGACGACGGAAGCUCGGGACGGAGCCGUAUGAGGCGGAAGUCUCACGUACGGUUCUCUGAGAAGGGAGUGGCUACCUACUGGAGCUUCGACCAACCACCACCGGUCAAUAGAGCUUUUGGGCCACCCCUUACUCUACCAUUAUUAUAGGGGUAUGGGGUUCGAGACAAAGAAAGAUCAAGGCAGCAUAUCAGUUUUUCCUUUAUACUUUACUUGGAUCUGUUUUUAUGCUAUUAGCUAUUCUGUUGAUUCUUCUCCAAACAGGAACCACCGAUUUACAAAUUUCAUUAACCACAGAAUUUAGUGAGCGGCGCCAAAUCUUUCUAUGGAUUGCUUCUUUCGCCUCUUUCGCCGUCAAAGUGCCUAUGGUACCAGUUCAUAUUUGGUUACCCGAAGCUCAUGUAGAGGCACCUACGGCAGGAUCCGUCAUCUUGGCAGGAAUUCCUUUAAAAUUGGGAACCUACGGGUUUUUAAGAUUUUCAAUACCCAUGUUUCCCGAAGCGACACUUUGUUCCACUCCUUUCAUUUAUACUCCAAGCGCGAUUGCUAUAAUAUAUACUUCCUCGACCACUUUAAGACAGAUCGAUCUUAAGAAGAUCAUAGCUUACUCCUCAGUAGCUCAUAUGAAUCUGGUGACUAUUGGUAUGUUUAGUCGGGCGGCGGCCGUUAGGUCACCUAUUUUGAGUUAUGGACACACAAGGCCAAAACAUGUGUGCCGGGCGUGCGACCCAUCAACCUACUAGCAAUGGGGGAGAAAACAUAGCAUGUCGCAAUAAAAGCUUGAUUCGAGGCGUCAGCAAAGCCGUCUGUUCCAAAAACAAAAGCCCCAACGCGCCCCGGGACGGGAGUGGAGGGCGGCCCUACGCGCAGGCAACAGCAGGACCGGCUCUACGAAAGUAAGAAUCGAAUAUCGAAUCUUUCUCUUGGCUUUCCCAAUUCAUCCGUGAAUAAGAAUUCAAGGGCGUGAAGCGAGUGCUUCUAGCUGCUUCGCCCGCUCUUUUGGCGGCUAUCUUUUCGCGGCGGAAAUGAACGAAAAGCAAUAUGAACGUGCUAUUUUCAAAUCGAUUGAUAGAUAGCCUUAUCUGUUCUGAUAGAUCUCUAGAGAUAGAGAGGGAAUCUAUCAAGAAUAAGGUUUGGAACCCUAUUUCUAUCUAUUGAUGAGACAAUUCUCUUUUCAUGAUCCAUCAGAAAAGAAAGAAAUCGAUAUGUAUCUGAUUACGUCUACAUCGUACAUAGAGCGCCCAAGCGCUUUUUAGGCCAGCUCAGUUCUCUUAUCCAUCGGUCCAAUGCACUGGGCUCAUCUCAUGGAGGGAAAAGCCAAAAUUACCUUGUCUUGUUCGCCGCCUCGACGCAUUCCCUUCUCUCCCCGGUAUCGUCCCACACAGAAAGAAAGAGCGCAGAGCCCCGGCCCGACCUGUAGGUCCGCUAACGUAAAGCGAGGAGUUGAGCCUGAACUAGCGAACCGAAGUCACUUUCGGAACCAUACUUCCUACAGCUAAGAUGUGUCCAGUCCUGCGGGAACGCGCAGCGCAAACGAACGUGAGCUGCUAUACCGAAUCCCCCGCUGGCCAUCGGGGACCGAGUGGUAAGGCCAUGAUAUGCAGGGGAAAAUAUCACUCAUUCUUCCAUUGGGGACAGGUGCACGAACGACAACUCCAAACGUCACACAUCCGCCGCCUACCGUACGUUUAGGUGGCACCAGCGAGAUCCAGCUAAGGUAAGGUCGUGUCGCGGCUGCUCCACUCCGCUGCGGUCUGAUGAACUUCACUUCGUUGCCUUCCCGCUAAGAAGCGAAUGGGCGCUGUGCCGUGGGUCAGUUUCGGGGCGGAGAGUGAAGAGAGACCAGAAGAAUGAUUCAUUUGGAUCGACGAGCUUUUUCAGCCCAAAAACGUUGAAUCCAUGGAAUGUUUGUCUAUCCAUGAACAUCUAUUCCAUCUCUCUAUACAUAGUCUCUCUAUACAUAGUUGCAUGAUAUGAUCGCCUUUGUUUGAUAUGUUCAUUCAGUACCAAUACAAACGAAAACUACGCCAAAGUGGAAGGGCCACUAUAGAAGCUAGAAGUAGCUAGCCUAUAGUAAUAGUAAUAGUAAUAGUAAUAGUAAUAGUAAUAGUAAUAGUAAUAGUAAUAGUAAUAGUAAUAGUAAUAGUAAUAGUAAUAGUAAUAGUAAUAGUAAUAGUAAUAGUAGUCGGCCUAACCAAAGCGUCACGACAAGAUCCAAUUAGCCUUAUGAAUGGAAUCUAAAGUAGGGGGCUUAGCCCGCCCGCCUACCAAUCAAAGAGGCUGAGAGUAAGCGUAAGCUCUUCGAGCUUCCCUGAAUUCGCUUCGCGGUAGCCGCACAGCACAUAGCUGGAAGUCAGAGGGCCCAUACUACCUGCCUAACCCUUCGCUCCGAGGGACCGUAGAUCUACAAGCGCCUUCUAAAGCACCCCAUUCAUCCAAAAGAGAAGGGAAGGGGCCUAUUUAUUUGCAUGACCUC